GCGCUUCCUCUUUCUUCUUCAUCUUCCUCAACCCUACAGCCCUUCGUCAUCGGAGUUUCAGGAGGUACGGCUUCUGGUAAGACGACAGUGUGUGACAUGAUCAUUCAACAACUUCAUGAUCAUCGCGUUGUGCUUGUGAAUCAGGAUUCAUUUUAUCGUGGUUUGACAGCUGAAGAAGCAAAAUGUGUGCAUGAAUAUAAUUUCGAUCAUCCCGAUGCUUUUGACACUGAGCAGUUUCUAGAGUGCAUUGAGAAACUCAGACGUACCCAAUCUGUACAGGUUCCAAUAUAUGAUUUUAAAAACCAUCGCAGGUGUUCGGAAAGUUUCCGGCAGGUAAAUGCAUCUGAUGUAAUCAUCUUGGAGGGAAUUCUGGUUUUCCAUGAUCCACGUGUCCGCAACUUGAUGAAUAUGAAGAUUUUUGUUGACACAGAUGCUGAUGUGAGGCUUGCUCGUAGAAUAAGGCGUGAUACAGUUGAGAGGGGUAGGGACCUAAACUCUGUGCUUGAACAGUAUGCAAAGUUUGUGAAACCUGCUUUUGAUGAUUUUGUCCUGCCAUCAAAAAAAUAUGCUGAUGUUAUCAUACCCCGGGGAGGUGAUAAUCAUGUCGCCAUUGAUUUAAUUGUCCAAGAUAUCCGCACAAAACUUGGUCAGCAUGAUCUCUGCAAAAUAUAUCCCAAUGUUUAUGUUAUUCAGUCAACAUUCCAGAUAAGAGGAAUGCAUACACUGAUUCGAGAUUGUGGUAUAUCAAAGCAUGAUUUUGUAUUUUAUUCGGAUCGGCUUAUUCGUUUGGUUGUGGAGCAUGGCCUUGGCCAUUUACCAUUUACUGAGAAACAAGUAGUUACUCCAACAGGGUCAAUGUAUACUGGGGUUGACUUUUGCAAGAAAUUGUGUGGAGUUUCCAUCAUUCGAAGUGGUGAAAGUAUGGAGAACGCAUUGCGUGCUUGUUACAAAGGAAUAAAAAUUGGAAAAAUUCUGAUCCACCGUGAUGGUGACAAUGGGGAGCAGCUUAUAUAUGAAAAGUUUCCCAAGGAUAUUUCGGAAAGGCAUGUCUUGCUUCUCGAUCCAGUUCUUGCUACAGGUAACUCUGCUAACCAAGCCAUCGAGCUACUGAUACAGAAAGGAGUUCCAGAAUCCCACAUAAUAUUUCUAAAUCUCAUUUCUGCCCCCGAGGGAAUACAUUGUGUUUGCAAGCGGUUCCCAUCCUUGAAAAUUGUCACCUCGGAGAUUGAUGUAGCAUUGAAUGAAGAAUUCCGUGUCAUACCAGGUAUGGGAGAGUUUGGUGAUCGGUACUUUGGCACUGAUGACUGAUCCUUUGUCGUUGAAAUGUAGAGAUUACGAUCUAGUAAUGGAUGGGUCAAUACCUUGAUAUGGAUUUAGUCCCAUAUACAGAGAGCUGAAAGUGCAGAUCAAUCUGCAUUUGAAUGGGAUCUGAUUAUAGCUAGUUGGCUGCACUGUUUUCUCA